AUGACUUAUGAGGAUGUGAUCGGACAGAGCACAACAGAUGCUGAUAGAGAAGCAAGUCGGGUAAUUCGAAGAUUUCCUGGUCUUACAACGCAAUGGCAUGCUGAAGUAUGGUUUGGUUCCUCUUUCCUUGAUGCACAUAAUGCAUGUCCAAUAAUGUUUUUAAUUUUCCAGGAAAAUGUAGCAGUUCGUCGUUCCCGUGGACGGCCACGCAAAUAUCCAUGA